AAAACAAUGUUCGACCCAUCUGAUUUUCCUUACAAAGAGUUGACUGAAUCUAUAAGUGAGCAUUACAGCGCAGAUGAUCUUAUUUUUAACAGUGACGCUAUGGUUACUGAUUCUGUAUUAAAUGAUAAAGAUCUUGUAAAAGUCACAGAAGAAAUUAUUUCAACAGUAGAAAAUCAUUUAUCAUUUAAUUCUAAUCAUUCUGGCCGGUUUUUUAAUGUUGAUAACACUUCCAUUUUGGACAUAGAACAAAACUCAGAAUUAUACGUUGUGCAAUCAGAUAAUUCACACAACUAUGAGCCUAUAUUACUAGACGAUAAUAUAGUCAACCAAUUUUUACUGCCUGUUCAAGCAUCUUCAGAUAAAAACAAGGCUGCAGAUAAUAUAGAUCCCGAUAUAUUAGCGUUACAUUCGUGCGUUAUAUGCCACGAAUUAUUCACUACCGAUACGGAUUUACUUGAUCACACAAUUUCUACACACACUUCCGAUCACCCAUUGGAAUCAAACAAGAUGACAAAUGGUUACAAUUCCGAGUGCGACUGGCUGGUGUGCGGUGUGUGCGAGCGAGUGCUGUCGACCGCGCUUGAAUCCGAACCCCGCGAGCUACUAUGUUGCUCGGAUAUCAGCGGCAAAGGUGCCGUGGGUUCGCGAAGGCUCAGUUCUAUGUUCGUGUGCGAAUACUGCAGUUACUUGUUCGCAACCGGGGAAGCGCUAGAUCGACACCGACUGACAUGCUUCGGGCAAGAAGAUUUCUACCCUAUACAAUCAGAGGAAACAAUUUUAGAAACAAACAUAUUACCAAUAUCCGAAAAUUAUAUAUUUUGCAAUGUUUGCGGCAAGCAAUGUGAUAACGAGGAAGAAUUAAAAGUUCACGAGAUUGAAAGUCACAAGCCAACGAACAGGCAACGCCGUCCGUACAACACUUGCAACAGCAACAAGAUGUGGAACUGUGGAUCUUGUAAUCAACUUUUCGCUACAGCCAGAGAGCUCUAUCGUCACAAGCGGGGCGAGGACCGCCCGCCCGGCUCGCCGCUCAUGGCGUAUGUCUGUGAGGAAUGUGACAAGGUUUUGGGGAGCAUGUGCGCUUUGCACACACAUAAGAAAAUGCAUAAAGUAACAAAGCCUGGUUACCCAUGUAGAGUCUGCGGUCGUCGAUUUAACCAGUCCGGCCACUUGGCGAUUCAUAUGCGUAUGCACACUGGGGAGCGACCGUAUCCUUGCGACCUGUGCUCAAAGGCCUUUAAAGUUAAGGUGGAGCGCGACGACCAUCGGCGGACGCACACCGGCGAACGCCCCUUCGCGUGCGCCGCCUGCCCCAAGACGUUCACUGCCGCUGCACGCUUGCGUGAACACGCGCGCAUACACACCGACCAAAGGCCAUACAAAUGCGAUAUUUGUGGCGCUGCAUUCCGAAGGCCCUACGCUCGUACCGUCCACACUCUAAUACAUACAGGGGAGAAGCCACACGAGUGUGACGUGUGUGGAACUGCCUUUAGACGUUCGGGAGAUAUGUGGAAGCAUAAAAGAACACUACACGGCAUUCAGGCAAAUGGCAGUGAUGCGAAAUAGAUGAAAUAAAAUAUUCUACGAUGAAAUCUGAUCAACUUUAUAGAGAUUUCCAAACAAGUUUUGUGCAGCCAAUGAGGAUAAUCUGUCAAUUUUUAUAAUUCUGCCACAGAAGAACUUUAGCAUUUCAAAUAAUUAUGGUCAACGAUGUAUCUUUAAUUCUUAGAAGUAUCACGGAAUGCCAUGAGCUACAAUUGAUAAAUGACAUCAGAAUAUGACGUACUAUAACCACCAUAAUGUAUGCCUUGUAUAAAUGUUUGUCAUUUUUUUUUUGUAAACUACGA